AUGGGUAGAAGAAGACUGAAUUACAUUUGUGAUGAUCUUACGCAAGGGAUUGGAAUAAUUCCAAAAGUUUCGAUGAAUGUGCCAUCACUAACUGCAUCAUCUUCGUAUGAUGUUGUCAUUGGUGGUAGCAAUGCAGUGGUACUAUCAGCCACACAGCAACCAGCUAUUCGUCAAAAUGUCGCAACACGUAGAGUUUUGCGUCCUUCACAUGAAGCACAGGUUGGAUCCAGUGUAAUUGAAGAAGAGUGUGUUAGCAAUACUGUUGCCGAAACUGGUGGAAGUGCUAAUAGCAGCAGCCUACGACGGCAGCAUCUUUUCGAUCGUUCGCAUCGUAUUUCACGUGAACAAAAUCUAGCUGUUCGAAGCUUAAGCACUGCUUCGAGUUCUAUGCCACACUCUACAACUAUGGUAAUGGAGUUGAAUGGUUCACGGUCACGCACCCAGUCAAAUGCUAAUCCCAUGGGUUCUUGUUAUGAGGACAUGUUCCGUCCAAGUCGAUUUGACCAAAUCAUCAGUUCGUCACCACCACCACUUGAAGUAAUGGAAGCAUAUGCAUGGAAUCCAGAUGAUCGUUCACUCAACAUUUUUGUUAAGGAUGAUGAUCGAUUGACAUUCCACAGACACCCAGUUGCUCAGUCCACCGAUUCCAUUCGUGCUAAGAUUGGUUUCUCGAAGGGUUUUCAUGUUUGGCAAAUUAAAUGGCCGCAGAGACAGAGAGGAACUCAUGCUUCAGUGGGUGUAGCAACGAAAGCGGCAUCAUUGCAUGCUGUUGGUUAUACAUCACUUAUUGGCUCUAAUAGUGAGUCCUAUGGAUGGGAUUUGAUACGCAAUAAGUGUUAUCAUGAUUCAAAGAACACAAAUGGUUGGACAUAUCCCAAAUGUACACUACGCGAUGAGAAUCAUCUGGCACCUGAUCAGUUCUACUGUAUUCUUGAUAUGGACGAAGGAUACAUGGCAUUUGCUUCUGAUGCUGACUAUUAUGGUGUAGCAUUUACAGGUUUGAAGGGUCGAGAACUGUAUCCAAUUGUUUCCGCGGUUUGGGGCCACUGUGAAAUCACCAUAAAAUACCUCGGAGGGCUUGAUCCUGAACCGCUGACGCUUUUGGAAUUAUGCCGACGAUCAAUUCGGACAUUUUUAAGAAAAGACCGUAUUUAUCGGGCACGAGAGCUGAGGUUGCCAACUGGCCUGAAAAAAUAUUUGCUUUACAAAUGCUAA